GCCAAAAUGUCAUUUUAUACCUCUCGUAAUCAAAACAGCAGUGAUUUUCUUGCUAUUCUUUCUUCCCAGAAGGAUUCAUCCUUGAAUGUCCCCUCUCACAGUAGCCGGCUUAAGCUUCCUUUGAAGUCAGAGAUGUCAGAAAGUGAAAAUGAUGAUCCAUUAUCAAGAUCUGCACAUAAGGUCAAAAGCAUAAACUGCACUUAUGUUAUUUCUGCCUGUAAAAAACCAGGAGAUCUACCUCUGACCCCUAAGCCUGAAGAUAGAUUGACACUUCAGAGAAGAGUUACAAGGAGCAAAGAGUCGUCUUUGCUUAGUAGUGUGUUGGGAGAUGUGACUGAAAAACCAGCUGAAAAACGUUUCACGUUACAACGUCGUGGGAAAACAGAUUCCUUGGAAAAGUGGAAAACACAGAAAAGGGGAGGUGAAUUAGAAGGUGACUGUGCUUCACAGGAAACUAGGAGCAGCAUAAAAAUUGUAAAUCCUGAUAAAAACUCUUUUGCCUCCUCUUCUGCACCUUUAACUGAAGACUCAAAAAACAUUGAAAUGAUGACUGUUGAAAAAUGCAAAGAAACCUUUUCUUCUUCUAGUGAUGGAAACGUUGCUCUUAAGUAUUUAAGUAAUAAGGCACCACUUGAUUCUCAGAGUCAUACUGAAGUUAAGUCAGGACACUCAAUGACAAAACCUAUUCAGAGCAAGUUGGAUAUUCAAGUGUCUGCAACAGAAAACUUACAGCACAGAAGUGUUGGAAGGGAUUUUGUGAGAAAUUCAGCUCUUAAAUUGGGAACCCUAGAAAAAGCAAGAACACCCACAAAAUAUGAACACAGAUUUACCCCAAAGAGCAGUGUGUCUCAGCUUAAGAGUCCAGCUGCAUCAAUACUAAAAAAUCGGAUGCCUAGCCCUCAAGUUAAACAAAGGCCAAAAAGCUCCCUGCUUGUGAAUAAAAAUGAAAGGUCAUGUGAAAAUACACUCCCUCCUGAAGAAGAAACCACAAUGCAGAACGCCUCGACAGAAGCAGAUCCCUUAAAAGUAGAGAAUAGUCAAGUGACAGUAGCUGUUCGUGUGAGGCCUUUCAGCAAGAGAGAGAAGAUUGACAAAGCUUCCCAAGUGGUCUUCCUGAAUGGGGAGGAAAUAAUCGUGCAACAUCCUGACAUGAAACAAGUUUAUAGUUUUAUUUAUGAUGUUUCCUUCUGGUCUUUUGAUGAAUGUCAUCCAAACUAUGCUAGCCAGACAACUGUUUAUGAGACUUUAGCACUACCCCUCCUGGAAAGAGCCUUUGAGGGCUACAAUACCUGUCUUUUUGCUUAUGGUCAGACUGGCUCUGGAAAAUCAUAUACGAUGAUGGGGUUUAGUGAAGAACCAGGAAUAAUCCCACGAUUUUGUGAAGAUCUUUUUGCACAAGUAGCCAAAAAACAAACUGAAGAGGUCAGCUAUCAUCUUGAAAUGAGCUUCUUUGAAGUAUAUAAUGAGAAAAUUCAUGACCUUCUGGCUUGUAAAGGUGAAAAUGGACAGAGUAAACAGCCUCUGAGAGUAAGGGAGCAUCCGAUCUCUGGACCCUAUGUGGAAGCACUGUCAAUGAAUGUUGUCAAUUCUUACUCUGAUAUCCAGAGUUGGCUAGAAUUGGGAAAUAAGCAAAGAGCAACUGCUGCUACUGGCAUGAACGAUAAAAGCUCCCGCUCACAUUCGGUUCUUACCCUGGUGAUGACCCAGACCAAGACGGAAGUUGUGGAAGGGGAAGAACACGACCACAGAAUCACCAGCCGCAUAAACCUGAUAGAUCUGGCGGGCAGUGAACGCUGCGCCACCGCUCACACCAGUGGAGAUCGCCUGAAGGAAGGUGUGAGUAUUAAUAAGUCCCUGCUCACUCUAGGAAAGGUUAUAUCCGCCCUUUCUGAACAAGCGCACCAAAAGAGAGUUUUCAUUCCUUAUCGUGAAUCUGUUCUUACAUGGUUGCUAAAAGAAAGUCUCGGUGGAAAUUCAAAAACUGCAAUGAUUGCUACAAUCAGUCCUGCUGCCAGCAGUAUAGAUGAAACAUUAAGCACACUUCGAUAUGCUAACCAAGCCCGUCUGAUAGUCAACAUUGCCAAAGUAAAUGAAGAUAUGAAUGCUAAGUUAAUCAGAGAAUUGAAAGCAGAAAUUGAAAAGCUAAAAGCUGCUCAAAGAAACAAUCGGAAUAUUGACCCUGAACGAUACAGGCUGUGUCAACAAGAAAUAACAUCUUUAAGAAUGAAACUACAUCAGCAAGAAAGAGACAUGGCAGAAAUGCAAAGAGCGUGGAAAGAAAAGUUUGAACAAGCUGAAAAAAGAAAACUUCAAGAAACAAAAGAAUUACAGAAAGCAGGGAUCACAUUUCAAAUGGACAACCAUCUUCCCAACCUUGUCAAUCUUAAUGAGGAUCCUCAGCUGUCAGAGAUGUUGCUGUACAUGAUAAAAGAAGGAAGAACCACAGUUGGAAAGUAUAAACCCAACUCUAGCCAUGAUAUUCAGUUAUCUGGAGUGCUGAUUGCUGAUGAUCAUUGUACUAUCAACAAUUUUGAUGGGACAGUGAGUGUUAACCCAGUUAGAGAAGCAAAGACUUAUGUAAAUGGAAAACUUAUCUUGGAACCCACCGUAUUACAUCAUGGUGACCGGGUGAUUCUUGGAGGAGAUCAUUAUUUUAGAUUCAAUCAUCCAGUGGAAGUCCAGAAAGGCAAGAGACCAUCCUGUCGAGAUACUUUUAUAAGUGAGGGUCCAAAAGACUUUGAAUAUGCAAAGAAUGAGUUGCUCAUGGCACAGAGAUCACAACUUGAAGCAGAAAUAGAAGAAGCACGGUUGAAAGCAAAGGAAGAAAUGAUGCAAGGGAUCCAAAUUGCAAAAGAAAUGGCACAGCAAGAGCUUUCAUCUCAGAAAUAUGCAUAUGAAAGCAAAAUAAAAGCACUGGAAGCAGAAUUGGAAGAAGAAUGCCAAAGGAAGAAAAUGCAGGAAAUAAAUAACCAAAAGGCUAAUCACAAAAUCGAGGAAUUAGAAAAAGCAAAACAGCACCUGGAACAGGAAAUAUAUGUGAACAAAAAGCGAUUAGAGAUGGAGACUUUAGCUACAAAACAGGCCUUGGAAGAUCACAGCAUCCGUCAUGCAAGAAUUUUAGAAGCUUUAGAAGCUGAAAAGCAAAAAAUUGCUAAAGAAGUACAGAUUUUAGAGCAAAAUCGGAAUAAUAGGAAUAAAACAUUUACAGUUCAGCCAAAUUGGAGCUCCAUGAAACUCUCAGUGAUGAUUCAGGAAGCCAAUGCCAUCAGCAACAAAUUAAGAAAAUACUUUGUUUUUGGCAGGCAUGACAUAGCAGAUAAAGGAAGUCCUGAAACUUCCGUUCAAGUUCAAGUUCGUAACCUACAACUAGGGAUUUCAACGUUGUGGAGUCUGGAGAAGUUUGAGUCUAAGCUUGCAGCAAUGAAAGAACUUUAUGAGAGUAAUAGUAACAAGGGUGAAGAUAUCUUUUGUGAUCCUGAAGAUGAAUGGGAACCUGACAUUACAACUGCUCCAGUUUCUUCUUUUUCUAAGAGGAGAAGCAGAAGUCUGAUGAAGAAUAGAAGAAUUUCUGGUUGUUUACAAGACAUACAGGUCCAUCCAGUUCCGAUUUUGAAUUCAUCACAUUCAUCAGGCUUAAUAGAAAAAUCAAGUACACUUUACUCAAAUUCAGCAGAGUCAUUUCUACUUGGAAUUUGCAAAGAAUCGAUUGGCUCAUCAUUAGAUUUUCUUGGCCAGAGUUAUGAUGAAGACAAAUCUAUGGCAGACAGUCUAAUUAGUAACUUCCUCAAAAUAUGUAAUGGCGUCCUUGCCAUUUCCAAAGCUCAUGAAGAACAAGAUGAAGAAAGCCAUGAUAACUUGUUCUCUUCUGAUCGAGCAGCACAGUCACUUACUAUCCAGACAGCCUGUGCUUUUGAGCAGCUUGUGGUGCUAACCAGACACUGGCUGAAUGAUUUCCUACAUGGCACGAGCACAGCAAGACCUGAGGAUGAACUGAAACAAGAAAUUAAGAAACUGGGUGGCUACUUACAGCUGUUUUUACAGGGAUGUUGUUCAGAUAUUUCAUCAAUGGUAAAAGAGGCUCAAAAGAAAGUGCUUCAAGUUGUACGGCAGGCUGUAAAGUAUGUGGGACAGCUAGCAGUUUUGAAAGGGAACAAGAUCCAUUUUCUGGACAACAUUCCCAGCCAGGCUGUCAGUCUCCAGGAUGAAAUUACAGAUGCAAUUUACGAGGGUGUUGACUUGGGAAUGAAGAGUCUCUUGGAUUCUGGACUGGAAGAAACAAAAGCCCUUCAGCAUGAACUCUCCAGGCAGUGUGCAGAAAAUGAGGUUACCAAACAGAUGAAAGCUGAUGCCAUGGGAUUGACUAAAUCUCUUGAAAAUGUCUUUACUGAAUGGACAGUGAAAAGUUUCCGAAUUCAAGGACGACAAGAAAACCCUGGAUAUCAAGAUCUGAAGAAGGUGCUUGAUCUUGUCCCAGAAUUCUUGAAGUUAAAACAUUGCCUAGAACAAACUGUUCAAAUGACUAUUUCUGCCUUGAGAGGAUCCCACAGUGACGUAAACCUGCUCAAGAGUUGUGUUGAAAGUAUUUGCAGCGUGGUCAGUGAUUUUCAGAAUUACUUCAGUUUACACUCUACUUCUGUCAACAGCAAGGGGAAGCGAAUACCUCCAGUUGACUCCAGGGAGAUAGAAUCUCUCACCACGUCGCUCCUCUUAGGUUUUGAAUCAGAAGAUAGACUAAAUUUGUUGAAACCCCAGGCAACUUAUAAUCAAAGUACUGGAGAAGAACAGCUUAAAUCAAGUAGGACUGAAGCCAGUAGGGAAAAAGGUGUACCAAAGCGAGUCUUUGAACUUGCUGAACUGCACCAUCUUCAAGCACCUGGAAAUAAGGCACAUGGAUCUUAA